UAAUCCCGGGUUUAAUUACACCUAAAUGCAGCGCGAGAUAAUCCAAUCGGCCUCAUUAAGAGGAGGUCCCGGGCUGGUACAGAGAUUUGGGCUGAGGCGACUGGGGCCACGUGCCAAAGCUCCGGGAGCGCCUGCAGGACGUGCUGCCCUCUCUGCCCUCCCAGGAUGACUAUUUCCUCCUCAAAUGGCUCCGAGCGCGCUGCUUCGACGUGCCCAAGGCCGAGGCAAUGCUCCGCAAGCACCUCGAGGUUCGCAAGCACAUGGACGCCGACAGCAGCGUCAGCUGGGAAGGCCCUGAGGUGAUCAGGAAGUACAUGUCAGGGGGGAUGUGUGGCUACGACCGGGAAGGCAGCCCCAUCUGGUACGAGAUUGUCGGGCCGCUGGAUGCCAAGGGGCUGCUCUUCUCAGCCUCCAAGCAGGACCUGCUCAAGAAGAAGUUCUGGGACUGUGAGAUGCUGCGGCGGGAGUGUGAGCAGCAGAGCCAGAAGCUGGGCAAGAAGAUCGAGAUGGUGCUGAUGGUCUACGACUGUGAGGGCCUGGGCUUGAAGCACCUCUGGAAGCCAGCUGUGGAAAUGUAUGGGGAGCUCCUGUCCAUGUUUGAGGAGAACUUCCCCGAGUGCCUCAAGCGCCUGUUUAUCGUGAAGGCCCCCAAGAUCUUCCCCGUGGCCUACAACCUGGUCAAGCACUUUCUGAGCGAGGACACCCGCAAGAAGGUCGUGGUCCUGGGAUCCAACUGGAAGGAGGUCCUGCAGAAGUACAUCGACCCCGCGCAGAUCCCGGUGGAGUACGGGGGCACGCUGACGGACCCCGACGGGGACCCCAAGUGCUCAAGCAAGAUCAACUACGGAGGGGAUGUGCCCGAGCACUACUACGUGCGGGACCAGCUGGCGCAGCAGUACGAGCACACGGUGGUGGUGAACCGCGGCUCGUCCCACCAGGUCGAGUACGAGAUCCUCUUCCCCGGCUGCGUGCUCAGGUGGCAGUUCAGGUCAGAGGGAGCUGACGUGGGUUUCGGGGUGUACCUGAAGACCAAGAUCGGGGAGCGGCAGCGGGCGGGUGACAUGACCGAGGUGUACCCCAACCAACGCUACAACUCCCACAUGGUGCCUGAGGAUGGAUCCCUCACCUGCUCCACCCCUGGCAUCUACGUCCUGCGCUUCGACAACACCUACAGCUACCUCCACGCCAAGAAGGUGAGCUACAGCGUGGAGGUGCUGCUGCCAGACGCCACCUCAGCCCAGCAGAUCCAGAAGCUGGGGGACAGGCUCAGCGAGGUGGCCCUAAACCACAGCCCCGAGUGACAGCCCCGCAAACGGCCCCGGCCCCCCCCCCCACACGCCGCGGGGCACCCUGACGUCCUGCUCCGGACCCCCGGGGCGGCCGCGAGGAUGGAGGGCGGGGGCUGAGCACCCCCCAGAGCUGACGGACCGAGGCGGGGGGGGCGAGACUGAGCGGGACCGGGGCGCCCCUCGCUGUGCCUUACGUGGGUCCCGCGCCCGGCCGCUGCUGCGUGGGGCGGGGAGUAAA